UAAAAAUAAAAAAUUUAAAAGUCGGCUCACCUUCAUGAAAUUGAAAUUGAGGUCGGUCUGAGCCACUGGGGCCUUCAUUCAAGAGAGCUUAUUACGCGCUAACCCACAACGUCGUCGUUCCAUCGUCCAGCUUUCCCAUAGUCGUCUCUUCGUGUAAAGUAGUUGAAACUCGGAGGCUCUUUGAUUUUGAGUUGGCUGCGUUGGGAUUUUUAACAAGUACCAGAAUUUGUUACCAAGGAACGAGACGGAUAAUCCUCUAUAAUUCACAACUCAGUGGGCUUUCCUUGUAAUGUCAGAAGAUUCAAGGGGUUUGGCUGUUUCACCUGGACAUUAUAAAGUUGGACCGGAUUACUUUGGUUACUAUAAACGUGAAGUUGUAGAGCUUGUAUCACAAGAUGAAGACUUUCUGCCUUUGGCUUCAAAAACUUCUGAGAUAUCUGGAGGGACAUCUGAGAAGGUUGCAAGGGAUGGUAAAAUGGGACAUAGUAAAAAGGUAACUGGUUCAUUGUUUUGCAAUGGGAUACGGGAUGGGCUUUCAGAUUUGAAAAGAGAAAGAUUGAAGGCAUUACUUAGGCAGAGCGUGAAUGUUCUUGCACCAGAAGUUGAAGAGAUGCUAGAACCUGUUGUCUCUAUGUGUCGGUUACAAUCGCAGAUAAAAAGCAGAAGGUGUCUGCAAAGACCCACACUUGUGGCAUCUGAAGGUGAUCCAGGCCAAUCUCCUUAUAAGAAGAAAGCUAAGAUUUCCUCUUCCUCACCUUCCAACAACCUACCUGCACUCAGAGGUCCUACUGGUCAUGGAUUAAAUGUUUUCCAGAAAAAUGGUUUUUGUGAUGAUACUGAAACUGCUAAAUGCAUAACUUCUCCAGAGGAGCCUAAGGUGGAUGAUGAUUUGCAAUUCCUUCUAGACAGCGAUAGCAUAGAGGUUAAGGAGAUAAUGGAGAAACAUUCUAAUGAACUAUCUGCCACGCUAGGGCAUAUGGAGCAGCAACUAGAAGAACUUCUUGAUAUUGUGGUGUCUAAGUGCAGGCCAAUGACGCUUGCUGAGAAACAACAGCUACGAAGAUUGAUUCAGGGUUUGCCCCCAAAAAAUCUUGAGCGGGUUGUAGAAAUUAUCCAACGUAGCAAGCCAGAAAACAAAGAACCAUGCGAUGAAAUUCAUGUGGAUCUUGAAAAAGAGAGUAAUGCAACACUUUGGAGAUUGUAUUACUAUGUUGAAGCGUUUGAGAGAACAAGAAAGGUCUAGCUAUAGCUCUAUUUGCUCUUUUUUCUUGUACCAGACUGAUAGCUUAAAUUGUUUGGAAGGCGGUUAAAAGGGCGACUUCCCACAAAUAGAAAGGCCCCAAUAUGAAAAUGUCAUAUUAAGUA